UCCAGACCACACCAAUAGAACAGGAAGGCUAAUUAAUUUUCAUGGCUACUCUUCAAGCUGCUUCCUUUUGUUCUUUUUCAACUUCUUUUGGAAAAAUCAAAGCCACGCUAAAUUCCCCAAAACACCACCAAUCAUCUGAUAAUUAUCUUUCUCUUCCUAAGCUCUCCAAUGGGUUACAAGCCAUUGUACCAAUUUCAAGCCACAUAGAAAUGAAGCCUAAUACUAUUGAUAAUAGUAAUAAAGGAAACGACGGCGUUUCCAGGUCCAAGACAAUAUUGCAAGAGCUAUAUACAAUAAUGGAAAUUGUAGCAGAUAGAGCAGAAAUGCACAAGAAUAUUGGAGCUCAGAGAGAUAACUGGAACCGUCUUCUGCUGAAUUCUGUUAACGGAAUGACAUUCACAGCAGCAACAAUGGCUGGGCUUGCGGCUCUCAGUGGAGUAAUUGGAGCUCCAGUUUUGGCUCUGAAGCUCUCUGCUAGUCUUCUCUACAUGGCAUCCACUGGAAUUUUGCUGGUGAUGAAUAAAAUCCAGCCAUCUCAGCUUGCAGAAGAACAGAGAAAUGCUGCAAGGCUAUUUAAGCAACUUCACGAGGAUAUCAAAAUCACUGUGGCUGUUCGAAACCCGACAGCUAGUGAUGUGGAGGAUGUGACGGAGAAAGUCUUAGCAUUAGAUAAGGCUUACCCUCUUCCCUUGCUUGGCACAAUGCUGGAUAAAUUUCCAGCAAAUGUGGAGCCUGCUGUGUGGUGGCCGCAUAAUUUGAAGUCUCAGCAAGAAAAUAAGGCUGGUGGGAGGGUAGAGAGAUCAAAUGGGUGGAAUGAAAAUCUUGAGGAGGAAAUGAAGGAGGUUGUUGGGGUUUUGAAGAGAAAAGAUGCAGCAGAGUAUGUGAGGCUGAGCAAAGUAGUACUGAAAGUUAACAAAAUUCUUGCAGUAUGUGGGCCUUUAUUUACUGGUUUGGCUGCCGUGGGAUCAGCCUUUGUGGGAUUGCCUUUUGGUGGCUCAUGGGCUGCGUUUUUGGGUGUGAUGUUUGGAGCUUUGGCCACUGUGGUCAACACUAUGCAGCAUGGUGGGCAAGUUGGGAUGGUGUUUGAGAUGUAUAGGGGCUCAGCAGGAUUUUUCAGGCUUAUGGAAGAGAAUAUAACAUCAACUUUGACGGAAAGAGAGGCCGAUAAGAGGGAAAAUGGAGAGUUGUUUGAGCUUAAAGUUGCUCUUCAGCUUGGAAGGAGCUUGUCAGAGCUCAGAGGCCUUGCAAGAAGUUCAUCUUUGCCUUCUGCAGGAAUCAGGCAGGACAAAGAAGAGUAUGCAAGCAAGCUCUUCUGAUUUUUGAUCAAGGGUUGACUUAAUUUUGUGCUAAAUUGUAUAUAUCUUUUAGCAAUAAUUUUGCUGAAUAGAAAUCCAAGAUACAUUUUUUUUUUCAGCUCAUUCUAGCUGAUGUACGGGUCAGGAAGACUGGUUUCUUGUAAGAAUGUUGAGGAUGGUGUUGUGAACAGAAAGAUUGGAUACUGUUUGGAGUAUUACUUCCAGUAUUUUUGAUGUCUGAGUUCAAGCAGUUUGUGUGGAUCGAAUUGUAGUUUAU